UAGGUCAUUAAGUGGUGAUCUAGAAGUUGAUACCUGUAGCUCAUCACAUUUUCCUGGAAAUUGGGAAUGGAGGGUCCCUGGGAGAGAAACGAAGAGUCAGGUGCUAAAUGCUGUGUCAGAGUAGAGGGAGGAGGGGUGGAGUGGGGGGGGUGACUGCCCAGCUGAUGUCAGAUUUUCAAAUGAGCAGGGUCUCCCGGCAGCCAGUACUGACUCCAAUGCAGGGGCUGUCACAGGUCCAGACCACCCCAUUUGAGGGGGGGAGUCUGCCUGGGACUCAGUUACUUUCAGCUCCUUUGGGGAGGGCUCUAGCCCAGACUCAGGAUGCCUGCAAUGGGGGAAGGGCAGGUUGUGAGACAGUAACGAUGGGGGUGUGCACAGGGGCUGCAGGCAGAGCAGCUAGGCUCCCCCACUGGCCAGACGAUUGGUAUGCGCCAGGAUCUGAGCAGCUCCUUCUAGCAUCCUUCAUCCUUCAGGUAUUUGGGCAGUGCUUGAGCUGGAGAAACGGGGACCAGUCAGUCCUCCACCAGCCUCUGACCCUCCCCUCCCCCGUGGCCUUCUCUGUAUUAGUUGCUUUGGCUGCUGCGUCAGAUACUCUCAGCUGCAACUCCCUGCAAGGUGGGGCACCCAUCUCAGGCAGAAGGUUUUGGUGCACCCCAGAUCCCACUCCCCAGGACUGACACUGCCUGUGGCCUCAGGAUGAAAGGGGAGACCCCUGUGAACAGCACUAUGAGCAUUGGGCAAGCCCGCAAGAUGGUGGAACAGCUUAAGAUUGAAGCUAGUUUGUGCAGGAUAAAGGUGUCCAAGGCAGCAGCAGACUUGAUGACUUACUGUGAUGCCCACGCCUGUGAGGAUCCCCUCAUCACCCCUGUGCCCACUUCGGAGAACCCUUUCAGGGAGAAGAAAUUCUUCUGUGCCCUCCUCUGAGCUGCCCUGUCCCCUCCUCACAACUCUUCACCUCUCCCACUCCCUGGCCUUUUCUUACUUAGGUCAGGAAUUGUCCUGAGCCCCUGAGGGUCCCCGCAUCUCAUCUCUAGCCCUUGCCCAACCCUGUGAAGUUAUCUGAAGCACAAGACCUUCUCUCACCUAUUUGCUGACCCCAUUUCUUCGCCCACUCUGGCCGACCCAAAGCUCCCCGUGACUCGGGGCACCUUUAGCUCCUCCCACAGAAGGGCUGUCAGACUCUGCCGGGGUCCCGCCUGCUUCCCUCUGUGACCUGCUCAGACAAUGGAGAGAGGGAUGGAGUGGGUGCCUGCUGUCAGUCUCACCUGGAGCUGCUGGAAGGUAAAGCCUUUUGAAGAAUAAAGUCAUCCAGAGUCUCA